AUGAGCAUGCACUGCCCCGUGUUGCGUCUAGGAAGCCGCCGUAGCGAGGCAACUCGUAUCUACCAGACCCUCGGCGUCCACUGCCAGAUCCUGGCCGGCGCUCGCGGCCGACUCUUCACGCCCCUUCGUGAGACAGCAAUCGCGAUGCAGCCUCGCUCCGUCACCCGCAGCCAGUUCAACGGCCUGAAGGAGCGCGCCCUCAAGGGCGUCUUCUCCAUCUCCGAGACGACCUGCGCCAACCAGACAUAUCUGCAGUCAGGGUCCACCAUAUCGAUUUCGAUCGAAGCAAGCGGUCUAUGUCAAGCCCUUGGGUAG